AUGCCUACCGCAAUUUUGAGUGUAUACGACAAAACAAACUUGGUUGAAUUUGCUAAGGAUUUGGAGUCUUUAGGAUUCAAGCUUUUAGGUUCUGGUGGUACUUCCAAAAAAAUUCGUGAUGCCGGCAUCCAAAUCGGUGAUGUCCAAGACAUUACAAAAGCCCCAGAAAUGCUUGGAGGUAGAGUAAAGACCUUACACCCAGCUGUACACGGUGGUAUCUUGGCCAGAGACAUUCCAUCAGAUAACCAAGAUUUGGAUAAGCAGAGCUACGAGAAGAUUGACCUCGUCGUAUGUAACCUCUACCCAUUCAAGGAGACUGUCGCUAAACCAGACGUCACUCUCGCAAAUGCUGUCGAGGAAAUUGAUAUUGGUGGUGUUACUCUCUUGCGUGCCGCAGCCAAGAACCACGAGAGAGUUUCAAUCCUCUCUGAUCCAUCAGACUACAAAUCAUUCAUCGAAUCAUACAAAAAUGGUGUCGAACAAUCCUUACGUAACAAGUGGGCCUUGAAGGCAUUCUCACACACAGCCGACUACGACAGCGCCAUUAGCAACUACUUCCGUCAACAAUACGCCUCAUUGGACAGCAACACUGAUUUAGUUCAACGUUUCCCAUUGAGAUACGGUGCUAACCCACACCAAAAACCUGCUCAAGCUUAUGUCACCGAAGGUGAAAUGCCAAUCAAGGUUGUUAGUGGAUCACCAGGUUACAUCAACUUGCUUGAUGGUCUCAACUCAUGGGGAUUAGUUAAGGAACUCGCAGAAGCACUUGGCUUGCCAGCAGCUGCUUCUUUCAAGCACGUUUCACCAGCAGGUGCAGCCGUCGGUGUACCACUUAACGACGUCGAGAAGAAGGUCUUCAUGGUUGAUGACCUCAAGGAAUUGUCCCCACUUGCCACCGCUUAUGCUAGAGCUAGAGGUGCUGACAGAAUGUCCUCAUUCGGUGACUUCAUCGCCUUGUCACACGAAGUUGACUACCCAACUGCAAGAAUCAUCAACAGAGAAGUCUCAGAUGGUGUUAUUGCUCCAGGUUACUCCAAGGAAGCUUUGGAAAUCCUCCAAAAGAAGAAGGGUGGUAAAUACUGUAUGUUACAAAUUGACCCAGCAUUCACACCAUCAGACAUCGAAACCCGCUCAGUUUACGGUAUCACUUUACAACAACGUAGAAAUGACGCCAAGAUCACCAACGAGACUUUCUCAAACUUAGUAUCAAACGAAAAGGAGCUCUCUAAGCAAGCAUUGAUUGACUUGACCGUCGCCACUAUCGCUGUUAAGUACACACAAUCAAACUCAGUAGGAUAUGCAGUCAAUGGUGCAGUCGUCGGUUUGGGUGCCGGUCAACAAUCACGUAUCCACUGUACAAGAUUAGCAGGUGACAAGGCUGAUAACUGGUGGUUGAGACAUCACCCAAGAGUAUUGUCAUUGCCAUGGAAGAAGUCAGUCAAGCGCGCUGAGAAGGCCAACGCAAUUGAUCUUUUCGUCACCGGUGAAGCAUUCAGAGCUACUGGAUCUGAGCGUGCACAAUGGGAGAGCAUGUUCGAGGAAGUUCCAUCACCACUCACUGAAGAGGAAGUCAAGAGUCACUCUGCAACAUUCAAGGAACUCGGUGUUGCUUGCUGCUCUGAUGCUUUCUUCCCAUUCCCUGACAACGUUCACAGAGCUCACAGAUCAGGUGUUAAAUACGUUGCUGCUUCUAUUGGUAGUGUCAUGGAUGAGGAAGUUAUCAAGGCUGCUAACGAAUAUGGUAUCGUUUACUCAGCUUUACCAUUACGUCUUUUCCAUCACUAA